CGCCAUCUACGACGUCAAUUAACGACUGUUUUGCGGUGUACCCUGUUUUGCUGACCAAGGAAAGUAGUUUCCUUAGACUAGCUUGUAAAAAUGACCGAACCUGAUGGCGCCGCAGCUGUCGCUGCUGAUGUGCAGCCCACUUCUACGUCGCCCAUCGGACGACCAUCUCCCGGUCCCGGGAAUCUGUCGGCAGAGAUCACCUCUAGGCCGGUGGGGCUUGUUGUGCUGACUGGAUUGGACGUGACGUAUAACGCCAUUCACAGAGCAAUUUGGGAUUCGUUUAGCGCCAACCGGAGACCAGAUAGAGUACCACUGAAUUUCAAAACACUGCCAGCUGACCAUGAAUAUCCAAAGUGUCGGUCAAAGCAAAGGACAUCAUAUGAAUGGUACAUCCCGAAAGGAAUCUUAAAGACGAGCUGGAUGAAAAAACAUCAAGAAGAUAUUCCAGGAUUAGUUGUUGUCUUCUAUGAUCUAGACUGGGAUGAACAACAGUGGAAGGAGAAACAAAUGGAGUGCGCUACAAGGGUAGAAGUUGUCAGGACAAGUCUCCAUGGAAGAGGAUCUAAAGUAGCUGUUGUUUUGAUUCAGAAGAAUGCUCCACUUCCCCCAGGAGAAGAUGUGGUAGCAGCCGAGAGAGCAGCUGCUCUGUGCGCAGCCUGUGAACUAUCAGCCAAGUCUCUGUUUGUAUUACCGUGCGUGGAUCAUCUACUUGGCUAUACUAUUCGAUUAGAGAAUGCAUUCUAUGAGCUUACACAGGCUUAUUAUCAUGGUGAAGCCAGAAGAGUCAAAGCGCACAAAGAAUUCCUCAAUAAGACAACUCAUCAGCUGCUGUUUGUAAGACAUGCUUUCAAGAUUGGAUUCUUCAAUGAACUUAAGCAGGACACCCACAAUGCUCUAAAGCAGUACAAAGCAGCUUAUGUUCACCUGACUGAAAUCAGAGCACAUGACACCAACAUGCUGGAGAUUAAGACCAUUGCAGGGUUCCUUAACUAUAAAAUUUGCAGACUUUGUUUCUUUCACAACUCACCACUGGAUGCUAUUAGUCAGUUCCGUAAACAUGUUGAUCUGUUCAAGAACAAGAUCGGCUGUGCAGAACUAGCUUUUGAGCACUCAGCGUGGAUGUCAAAACAAUUCAGUAUCUUUGGUGAUCUGUUUGAUGAUGCUAUAAAGCUAGGAUUGACAGCAAUCAUGACCCAGCAUCCAGGAUUCUACUACCAGCAAGCUGCUAACCAUGCCAUCGCUAGGAAACAACUCUGCAGAGGACUUUGCCAUGCUGCCACAAGUAUGCCCUCGGGUGAUCCCCUCGAAGGUAUGCAUCAUCUAGAGUUCUGGGGUCAACGACCUUGGAGACAGGGUCAUCAGAGCAUUGACCCACCUGAUCCUCAGAAAGAGAAGGAAGGAAUCCUGGCUCUUCAGUAUCUAGAAUCAACAGUUGAUCACUCGUGGAUUAUCAUUCCUCUUCUAAGCAGUGCUGUAGCUCAGUUCAAGAAAUACAAGUCAGCAAGGAUGAAGAGAUACUUGAUGGUUCAGAUGGGUGAAGAAUACUAUCAUGCCAAAGACUACAGCAAGGCUCUUACACUUCUUGGACGAGUGACAUGGGAUUAUAGACUAGAGAGAUGGUGGCAACUACUCACAUCUAUAUUAGUUACAUCUCUCAGGUGUGCAUACCUUGUGGCAAGCAUGGAGGAGUAUGUUACAAUCAGUCUGGAACUACUUGGAAGAUAUUCCCAGAGCCCACCAGAUGAGAAGACAAGAGUUCAGAUGAACCUUGUUAGGGUUCUCUCAAACAAUCCUCCUGAGCCUGAACAUGGGUGUGCCCCUGAUGCUGUUGAGAAAGCAAAAGUACUCUGGAAGAACAAGACCGCUAACCCCUCUGAAGAUGAAAGCUCUCGGGUCUUCCCUAUCGAGAUGAGAAAUCUGGUACCAUUCGUAGAAUGCAAAGCAAAGUUCACCAGUACCCGGUUCACUGCAGACUCACUUGUCGAGAUUGAGGUGUAUUUACGUUCAUCUUGCCAGUUUCCUGUUCGCUUCUCACGCUUGUCUGUUAAUCUGAGUAACCAAGCAUACAACAGCCACUGUGUGAUUGUAGAUGGGCAACCCUUACAACUGUCAGGUGAUACUGGUCAUGUGACCCCACAUGAUCCUAGCCAGUCAGGUGAUCUCUUCCUCAAGCCAUGGGAGGUGGCCCGCUACACUUUUCAAUUCGUUCCUUUGGCAGAUGACAUAGGCAAGAAACUAGAGAUUGCAUCAGUGACUUUGGCAUUUGGGGAUGAGAGUUCGAGGUGUGCUUUGCUUGUAUGGGCCGCUGGUGGACAUGAUGCUGCCUCAUUGACUAAUCCACUAGAGAGUAUUCCAAAGAAAAGAGGACCAGCUAAGCAAGGGGAUGUUGACUGGAAUGCUAUAAGGGUAGAACCUCAUACAAGUAUCAUGUGCCGUCCCUCAAGAGUGACAAUUAAACUUGAUCAACAACCCCCCUGUUUGGAGAAUGAGAUCUACCAUGUGCACAUUGAAAUCAGUAAUGAAGAGGACGUGUCCAUUUCAGAAACAAGUUUGACUAUGGGGCUAUCUGAGGGACAGGAAGUUGGCAUUGAAGAGAGCACUGAAGUUAGCCAGAAAGCAGAGCUUCUUCUUGAUGGCAAACAAUCAUCUCGUCUGAAAGGAAUCAGUCUAGGUGUCAUGGAAGCCAAGUCUAAAAUUGAACAAGACUUGUUCAUCCGUUGUACCAAGCUGGAUGCUCGAAGUAUCAGUGUGAGAGUGUCUUACAAGGUGGAGGUCAGUGUGGGGUCAUCAGAGAGCUCAAAGGUCUCGUGUACAUGUUACCAAGACCAAGCAUUCAGACUAGAGACUGUGACUCCUUUUGAUGUGAAAAUCAGGAUGGCUUCUCUUAAGUUUGAAGCUGUAGAUCAAGUUCACCCAGAUCAUCCAUUCCUUCUUAUGACUGAUAUCAAGUGUUUAUCACCAUGGCCAAUCACUAUCAAAGACAGUACUCUCAUAUUGAAUGAUCAUGUACGAGCAACAGAUGAAAACCAAGCAUCUCAAGUAGCCAGAGUUACAUUGAAGACAUCAGAGAAUGCUACCGAGUGUAUUUGUAUGGAAUCACAACCAGAUACUGCUCAUGGUCUUAUCUCUCUUGGAAGCUAUGCCAUUGAAUGGAAAAGAGCCAAUCUAAAGCUACCGGCUGUAAAGACUAUUCUACCUCUCCCUGAGGUAACGUUACAACAGCUACCCAUCUACAUCAGCUCGGAUCUCCCUCCGUUUGGGCUCGUCAGGGCCCCUCUUCUAGCUCAGUACCAGAUCUCUAAUAAGACUUCUAUUGUUCAAUCAGUAGAAGCAUGUAUGGAACCGAGUGAUGCAUUCAUGUACUCUGGCCACAAACAGAUAUUCUUCCGGAUCUUGCCAUCUGGCCAGCAGACACUGAGCUACAACCUUUAUCCCCUGGUACCUGGCUAUGUCAAACUACCAAAGUUGAAGCUGAAAGUUCCCUAUGCACCAUCAUUCAGAGAGGACUUUGUGUCAAAGAUACUACCAACUCACAUCUUCAUCAAGCCUCAAGGCAAAGAUCUGGCUGUUGCGAGUUAGUCUUUGCCAUUGCACAACACAAGAGAAGGAAUACAAAGCUGCUCUGGAAGUGAACAUCAAAGCCUGUCAAGUAUCAGCUUCUUUUCACAGGAAAUUUGAUACCAGGAUGUUUGCCAUGUAAGAGGUGUUGUCUAUCACACAAAAAAGGAUCAAGCAUUUAGACAAAUAGGUGGCAUGUGAUGUUAUAUAUAUAUAUAUUUCAUUCCUGGCAUCGUACUUUCUCUGGCCUGACAAUGUCUGAAUAAGGCAUGGGGAUUUAUGUGGUUUGACAGCAUAUAUUGCUGAGUCCUAAAAAUGCAACUGUAUGACAGCUUUUUCCAGUGCUUUUCAAAGAGUCAGAGGUCAACCUAAUUUGAUCCUCUCUCCAAGAAAGCUUAAGACAGUGUACCUCUCAGCAUUGACUGACAAAGUAUCAGAAAAUUGUAGUGAGAACUUGUGCUCCAUGUGUUAAUGAGUCCAAGAAUACAUUCAAUGCCAGGUUUGGGGAAGUACAUAUAAAGUGGAUGUCUGGUGAGCUUGUAUUAUCUUGCAUGUGAUAUGAACGCUUAUUGAAUAUGUAUGAAAAUGAUUAAUUUUUUUAAUACAAAUUAUCUGACACUGAUAUCAUGAGAUAACUCAUGAUUGUUUGAAGAUUAGGUAUAUUGUGCAAUAAGCUUAACACUUCAGUAUUUUUUCACCCAACUAUCCCUCAGUGAAAUACAAACAGGUAGGAUAUUGGUUGUAGAUUGUUUCCAUUCCUUUCUGCAUUCAGCAAAUUGAUUUCAGGAUUUAAAUAUCAUGUUUGCAAAAAUCUUAGAUAUCAUUCCCAUUCAUAAAAUUGAUGAUUGAUGAUACAAAUUAAUGUUAGCUUAAUUUAUAUUUGUGAUUGAAGCAUCUCUGGCUAUAGAGUACUGAAGUGUGAUGUUAUAAAAGACAGAUUUUGACAUUUAGAAUCAAGCAAAUGUUUUCCAUCAUGUUCCUCCAAAAUAUGAAAAGUGAAAUAAAUGUAUUAAAACCUUAGCAUCGAUUGCAGAAAUUAUGCCAUUAUUCUAUACAAGAUGGGAAAAAGGCUAAGCAUUGAAAUUUAACAUGUAAUGAAUUUAUGCUUUAAAACUGUAUUUAAAUGCAUGUGAUUUGUUUUAGAAUUACUGAACUUUAAGUAUAAUGUUUUCUUUAAAAAGAAAUUUCAAAUUGCAGAAUGUUAACCGAAUUAAACUGUAUGUCUAUAAAGUGUGAGUAAUAUAAUUUAGUAUUUGUCAUGUCUGUCUAUGUCAUUGGAUAUAGAAGUAUGCAUUACUGCUAUUAACCACUGCAUUUGUGUUAUAGAUUUAUAUGGGUGUGACAUUCUUUCAAAUCUAAUUUGAAUUCACCUACUCCAAUAGUACCCUGUGAAUACAUUGUAUUUUGGGAACUUAUAUGUGAUUUAUUGUAGUUUCUCACUUUUAGCAAUUCAGUGGUGAGCAAAGUCAGAAUCUAGAUGCUUUAAGGUCUCUUUAUUCUCACUAAGAGGGAAAAUGUGACACUUCAACCUAAGACCAACAUUAAGUCACAAAAAUGAAUUUUGGGAUUUUCUUACAUUUGAAUAAGCAGAUCCUAGGCUGGAAAAAGAUAUAUAACUUGUCAAAUUGAUUAACAAUA